CAAAAUUACAGAGGGAGAGGAGAAAAAGGAGAUGUCGCAGAGUUAUAAGAACCGUAACACAUGGACGCUUUGCAAUUAUGGGGGAGCUAUUAAAAGAUGGACUUCCUGGACUGAUUCCAAUCAUGGGAGAAGAUUUGAGGUUUGUGAGAAUAAUCGGAAGAACAGAGGCAAAGGUCAUUAUUGGGAGUGGGUGGACGAGGAGAUAUGCCCACGAGGAAAGGAAGUUCUUCCUGGGUUGCUAAGAAGAAUGAGAGCUAUGGAGUUGGAACUGAAUCAAAUAGAAGAAGAUAAUGAAGGACUGAAAGAUAAGCUUAGAGUAAUUGAGCAAGAAAAUAAGGAAUUGACUGCAACAGUUGGAAGACUGGGAAGGCAGAGAAUGAAGAUGGAUGAAAAAAUUAUGGUGUAUCGACAUAUAGGGAAACUAAUGUUUGGGGGGAAGGUGUGGUCUGUUUGUGGCAUGGGUUCUUGGUCUCAUGGUUGGAAUGUUGAUGAUUAAGAUCCUAAAUUUGUUUGAAAAAAUUCCAGAGAAUUUGAUGAUCAAAUAGUGAAAUGUGUAAUGAGUUUGGUACAUUUGUGCCAUUUGCAUAACUUGAAUCCAAAUUUGAGUACAUUUGUAGUUUACCCCUUUU